CCUCCCCCAUCCGCCCUGCUCCCCUUUUUUUCGCCCUCUCGCCGCGCCGAGGGUAGAAAAAGCAGCCUCCCUUCCGUCGCUCUCUCGGCAUCUCGUUUCUCGACGCUGAAAUCUCUGUUCUUUCGAAAUGGCUGACCAACUCACUGAGGAGCAAAUCGCUGAAUUCAAGGAGGCCUUCUCCCUCUUCGAUAAGGACGGCGAUGGAACCAUCACCACCAAGGAGUUGGGUACCGUCAUGCGCUCCCUUGGCCAGAACCCCACCGAGGCCGAGCUCCAGGACAUGAUCAACGAGGUCGAUGCCGACGGAAACGGCACCAUCGAUUUCCCCGAGUUCCUGACCAUGAUGGCCCGCAAGAUGAAGGACACCGACUCCGAGGAGGAGAUCAAGGAGGCCUUCAAGGUCUUUGACAAGGACGGCAACGGCUUCAUCUCUGCUGCUGAGCUCCGACACGUCAUGACCAACCUCGGAGAGAAGCUCACCGACGACGAGGUUGACGAAAUGAUCCGCGAAGCUGAUGUUGAUGGAGACGGCCAGAUCAACUACGAAGAAUUCGUCAAGAUGAUGAUGUCGAAGUAAAUCCUUGAAUAUAAACUUGAUUGAUAUGUCCGAGAUGUUCACAUAGUUCUACUUGUUAUAUUCUUUUCCCUUUACCUACCACCAUUUUUGCUAGACCUUUUUUUUCUGGAAGCUGCUGUCGACUUGUUGCAUACUGUAUAUAACGGUUUGCGGGGCGAUUCGUUCUUCGUCAACUGUAAGGAGUGAAGAAUACAGCACGUUUCGAAAAAAUAAGAGCCCCGGCAUCCUCGUCCUUUCACCGCC